AUGUUUUCGAAAAGACACUAUGAACGUGCAACAGAGUUACUAAGAUUGUGUAACCUUUCUGCUUCUCCUACUGGUAAUCCAGUUCAAAGAGUUGUGUAUUGCUUUAGUGAAGCUCUUCGAGAGAGGAUUGAUAAGGAAAUGGGAACAUUACCACCUAAAGCUGGGGAAGAGAAGCCAUUUGAUAUGGAAGAGGUUCUACUGACUCCAAAGCCUUUCAUAUUUGUAUGCUCUCAAUCAUCAUCUUUCUUCCAUGUGCCUCAAUUUGCUGGAAUUCAAGCCAUCUUAGAUAAUCUCAAGUCCGCAACCAGGGUUCAUUUGAUCGACAUUGGAAUAAAGAGUGGGUCGCACUGGCCAAUCCUCAUGCAAGCUCUUCCUAAUCAACUUGAGAUUCUCAAGAUAACAGCUGUUGGAACAUCAAAAGAGAUGGUUGAAGAAAUCGGGCGGAGAUUGUCAUCUUUUGUUGCUGAAAACAUGAAGUUUCCCUUUUCCUUCAAGGCAGUUGUGUCAGAAAUGAAGGACCUCAGUAAUGAUCUCUUUGAGUUAGAUGCUAGUGAAGCUGCGGCAGUUUACUCAGAGUAUCGUCUUGGGGGAAUGUUAGCAUCGCCCAAUCACCUGGAAGCUGUGCUAACAUUAAUUAAAAGCAUCAAUCCUUGUGUGAUGGUGGUUAUUGACACAGAGGCAAAUACUAACACGCCAAUUUUUGUGGACUGUUUCAAUGAAGCUCUGUAUCUCUAUGCUGCACUCUUUGAUGUCUUGGAGGUUUGCAUGAGACGAGACAAUCAGUACAGGAUGACAUUUGAAGGACUUUUUAUAAGGAAGAUCAUUCGAAAUAUGAUCACUUGUGAAGGUGAAGAUAGGACUUGCCGCAAUGUAAGGCUUCAAGUGUGGAGAGAUUUGUUCGAAAAGUUUGGUAUUAAGGAAACAAAAUUGAGCGAAUCAUCCUUGUACCACGCAAAUCUAAUGGCCGACAAGUCUGCUCAUGGUUUUUGCACUCUGGAUAUGGAUGGAAAGGGCCUCAUUGUUAAAUGGAAAGAAACUCCAAUUAUAUUUGCUUCAGCCUGGAAGUUUCACAAUAACUGA